UUCCUUUCACGGACGAGGAGUGGGUGUUGCUGGAUCCUGACCAGAAAGCUCUGCAUAAGGAAGUCAUGGAGCAGAAUCGUGGGAUGAUGGACUUUCUCGGUGGUGAUAAAUUAGAAAUGAAAAACAAGGGAGACCAUGACAAAAUCCACACAGUGGAGAAGCCACAUAAAUAUUCAGACUGUAGAGAGAGCUACAAUCAAAACUUCCAUUCCCCUUCCCAUCAAAUGAAUCCCAGUCAUACCGGGGAGAAACCCUACCAGUGCUUGAAAUGUGGAAUGAGCUUCAGUCAGAAGGGAAAGCUCACUUCCCAUCAAAGAAUUCAUACAGGAGAGAAACCGUAUCAGUGUUUGGAAUGUGGAAAUAACUUUAAGCACAGAACCACUCUCACUUCCCAUCAAAGAAUCCAUACAGGGGAGAAACCUUAUGAGUGCUUGGAAUGUGGAAAGAGCUUCAGUCGGAAGGAUCAUCUCACUUCCCAUCAAAGAAUUCAUACAAAGGAGAAACCCUACCAGUGCUUCCAAUGUGGAAAGAGCUUCAAUCAGAGUUCCAAUCUCACUUCCCAUCAAAGAAUCCACACUGGGGAUAAGCCCUAUCAGUGCCUGGAAUGUGGAAAGAGUUUCAGCCAGAGCUUCAUUCUCACUUGCCAUCAAAGAAUUCAUACCGGAGAGAAACCCUAUCAUUGUUUGGAAUGUGGAAAGAGAUUCGUUAAGGACUCCCAACUCAUGUCCCAUCAAAAAAUCCACACUGGGCACAAACCCUAUCAGUGCUUGGAAUGCGGAAAUACCUUUAAUCACAGAGCCACUCUCGCUUCCCAUCAAAGAAUUCAUACAGGGGAGAAACCCUAUCAAUGUCUAGAAUGUGGAAAGAGCUUCAGUCAGAGUUCCCAUCUCACUUCCCAUCAAAGAAUCCACACUGGGGAUAAGCCUUAUCAGUGCCUGGAAUGUGGAAAGAGUUUCAGUCAGAGCUUCAUUCUCACUUGCCAUCAAAGAAUUCAUACAGGAGAGAAACCCUAUCUGUGCUUGGACUGUGGAAAGAGCUUCAGUCUCAGGCACAGUCUCACUGUCCAUCAAAGAAUUCAUACAGGGGAGAAACCCUAUCAGUGCUUAGAAUGUGGAAAAAGCUUCAGUCAGAGCUCCUCUCUCACUGCCCAUCAAAGAAUUCAUACCGGGGAGAAACCUUAUCAGUGCUUGGACUGUGGAAAGACGUUUAAUCACAGCACUGCUUGCAUUUCUCAUCAAAGAAUACAUACUAGGGAGAAACCCUAUCAAUGCUUGGAAUGUGGAAAGAGCUUUAAUCGGAGUUCUGUUCUCACAGUCCAUCAAAGAAUUCAUACUGGGGAGAAACCAUAUGCGUGCUUGGAAUGUGGAAAGAGCUUCAGUCAGAGCUCCAGUCUCACUUCCCAUGAAAGAAUUCAUUCCGGGGAAAAACCCUACCAGUGCUUGAAAUGUGGAAUGAGCUUCAGUCAGAAGGGAAGGCUCAUUUCCCAUCAAAGUAUCCACACUGGGCACAAACCCUAUCAGUGCUUGGAAUGCGGAAAUACCUUUAAGCACAGAACCAUUCUUACUGCCCAUCAAAGAAUUCAUACCGGAGAGAAACCUUAUCAGUGCUUGGAAUGUGGAAAGUGUUUCAGUCAGAGUUCCCAUCUCACUUCCCAUCAAAGAAUCCACACUGGGGAUAAGCCUUAUCAGUGCCUGGAAUGUGGAAAGAGUUUCAGUCGGAGCUUCAUUCUCACUUGCCAUCAAAGAAUUCAUACCGGAGAGAAACCCUAUCAGUGCUUGGAAUGUGGAAAGAGCUUCAGUCAGAGUUCCCAUCUCACUUCCCAUCAAAGAAUCCACACUGGGGAUAAGCCUUAUCAGUGCCUGGAAUGUGGAAAGAGUUUCAGUCGGAGCUUCAUUCUCACUUGCCAUCAAAGAAUUCAUACCGGAGAGAAACCCUAUCAGUGCUUGGACUGUGGAAAGAGCUUCAGCUACAACAGCAAUCUCACUUCCCAUCAAAGAAUUCAUACCGGGGAGAAACCCUAUCAGUGCUUGGAAUGUGGAAAGAGUUUCAGUCAGAACUCCAGUCUCACUUCCCAUGAAAGAACUCAUUGCAGGGGAAACUGUAACAAUGAUUGGGAUAUCAUUACGAAGCCCCCAACCCUGUGCCCUGGCGGGCCACCUGCACUUGGCGACCUGCGCUUCUGGAGAGAGCCGGCUCCGGCUUCGCGCAUUCGGCUCUUGCGGGGCAACCUGCUCGGGCGGGCAGAGGAGAGGAAGCAGGCAGAGCAGCAGGGAAAGUUUCUGUUAGCAGAAAUGGGUCCAUAUUUGUCUGAGGCAGAGAGGACUCCGUUGGACACCAGAGAGAGGCUUCUGGGUGACAGAAUGAUGCCGACAAGACCUCCUCGCCCCUCUUUUCCUGGUGGUGGUGGAGCAGCAGCAGCAGCAGCAGCUGCGGAACCAGAUCAGGACCCCGUGUCCUUUGAAGAUGUUGCUGUUCAUUUCGCAGACGAGGAGUGGGCAUUGCUGGGUCCUGACCAGAGAGCUCUGCAUAAGGAAGUCAUGGAGGAUAACUGUGGGAUCCUGGUCUCUCUCAGAGGGGAUGAAUUGGAAAGGAAGAAUGAGGGAGACCAUGACAAUAUCUACACUGUGGAGAAUCCAUAUCAAUAUAUGGAGUGUGGAGAGAGCUUCGGUCAAAGCUCCCUUUCCACUUCCCAUCAAAUAAAUCCCAUUGGGAAGAAACACUAUCAGUGCCUGGAAUGUGGAAAGGGCUUCACUCGGAACUCCCGUCUCACAUCCCAUCAAAGAAUUCAUACAGGGGAGAAACCCUAUCAGUGCUUGGACUGUGGAAAGAGGUUCACUACAAGCACAAGCUUCCAUCGACACCAGAGAAUUCACUAUGAGGAUAAAGACUAUCCGUGCUUGGAAUGCGGAAAGAGGUUCAGGUGGAAGGUCAGUCUCACUUCCCAUCAAAUAAUUCAUACAGGGGAGAAUCCAUAUCAGUGCUUAGAGUGUGGCAAGAGCUUCACUCAGAGUGCCCAUCUCACGACCCAUCAAAGAAUUCAUACCGGAGAGAAACCGUAUCAGUGCUUGGAAUGCGGGAAGAACUUCAAUACAAGGUCAAACUUCCAUCGGCAUAAAAGUAUUCACCGUGAAGAGAAGCAAUAUCAGUGCUCGGAAUGUGGAAGGGGGUUCAAGUGGAAGAGUAGCCUCGCUUCCCACCAGAGAAUUCAUACAGGGGAGAAUCCCUAUCAGUGCUUGGACUGCGGAAAGAGUUUCACUGUGAAGAAAAACCUCACUUGCCAUCAAAGAAUUCAUACAGGCGAGAAACGCUAUCAGUGCCUUGGGAAGAGCUUCGGUCAGAGCUCCCAUCUCAUUUCCCAUCAAAUAACUCAGUGCGGAGAAACCAUAGCAAUUGCUGUGUAGUGAUAACUGCUUGGGAGAGACUAUGGAAGGUAGAUUUGAAUUUUACUGCAUAUUCUGCCUUGAGAGAAAACUAUAUGAAAAUAAUGUAUAUAUACUUAACACCAUAUAAACUAGCAAAGAUGCAUAAAAAUGUACAUGCCGGAAAUGUCAAUAGGAGGAUUUUAACAUAUGUGGUGGUCCUGUGAAAAGGCAAUGUAUUUGGGGGGAAAUGAUAUGCAAUUAACUGAAAUGGAUGUUUAAGCUGACAGUUCCUUAAAAACCCAAGUGUUUCUUCUAGGAGCAAUGGGGACAGAGGUCGUGAGAAAGCUAAUUUAUUUAUGUAGCAACAACAGCAGCUAGAACUUUAUAUAGACAAGGGGUGGAAAGAGGAGGGAUUACCAACAAAGGAGGAAUGGCUUCUGAAAUUCAGGGAUUAUGCUGGAAUGGUGAAAUUAACUGCCAGAUUUGGAGGAUAUAAUGAUGAAGUGUUCAAGGGGGAUUGGAGACCAUUGAUGGAUUAUCUAUUGAAGUAUCACUCAGACAUGAAGUUGUUGGCAGGAUUUGAAAUAUUAAUGGAUAGGUGAAAGAAUUCACAAUCCUGCAGUUUAGAAAGUAAAAAACAUAUGUGCUGUAAAACAACUAAUAAAAGGGAGCAAAAAACACACAUCAGGAAAGGGAGGUGGGACGUCAAGAAGAAAAUUUAUGGGGUAAAAAAAUUAUAUAAUGUUCUGAAAUA